GAAUACGAAAUGCCUGAUAUCAACCUUAAAUUUAUUAUUCGAAGUGAUGAAAUCGAUGGUAUUUUCACUCUAUCUGUCGAUAAUGGGAAGUCGGUCGAGUUUCUCAAAAAUAAAAUUCGAACUAAUCAACGUAACUUGAACGAAUUCGAUCUUUAUUGGAAGAAUUUCUCUCAAUCAAGUAAUGCUUUAGUUGGUACAUUAAAAAAUCCUAUCACACUCAAUAAGAAACAAGGAGAACUUAUGAAUCCGAAUUUCUGA